GUUUCGCAUUGAACUCAAACUAACUCAAAAAAGAACCAGAAGCUACCCUGUUUGUGUAGUGAAUCUUGAUAUCGUUUCUCCUAAAACUAAAGUAAUUUCACACAAACACAAACCAAACCAUGAAAAUCUAUCACGUUCCUUCUCUGCAAGACAACAAUUCCUUCUUAAUCUUUGACGAGUGCACGAAAGAAGGUGCUGUGGUGGACCCUAUAGAGCCCGAGAAGGUUCUAGAAGCUGCCGAUUCGCAUGGGGUCAAUCUCAAGCUCGUUCUCACCACGCAUCAUCAUGGGGAGCAUGCUGGUGGAAAUGAAAAGAUAAAGAAUUUGGUGCCUGGAAUUAGAGUCUAUGGUGGUUCGAUAGAUAACGUCAAGGGUUGCACCGAUAAGGUUGAAAAUGGUGAUAGAGUGUCCCUCGGGGCUGAUAUUAGUAUAUUGUGUCUUCACACACCAUGCCACACCAAAGGUCACAUAAGCUAUUAUGUCACCGGCAAAGAGGAGGAGCAACCGGCUGUUUUUACCGGAGAUACACUGUUUAUUGCUGGUUGUGGGAAAUUUUUUAAAGGAACUGCAGAAGAGAUGUAUGAGUCACUCUGUGUCACAUUAGGUUCGUUACCGAGGCAAACCCGAGUUUACUGUGGACACGAGUACGCAGUGAAGAACUUGCAAUUUGCUACGACAAUUGAACCAGAUAAUUUGAAGAUACAGCAGAAAUUAACAUGGGCCAAGAAUCAGAACCAAGCUGGCCAACCUACAACUCCCUCCACCAUUGAGGAAGAAAUGGAGACCAACCCAUUUAUGAGGGUUCACCUACCUCAGAUUCAGGGUGCAAGUCUCCAAUUGAAGCUUUGAGAGAGUUACGAAAGCUGAAAGACAAGUGGAGUUGUUGUGUUGCCGAAAGCUGAAAACUGAAAAACAGAUAUCAGAUACUUGUCAUGUUUGCACAAUGUAUCUUACGUUGGUUAGUCUAAUGCGAAGAUGUUCCAUUUCAUUCAUGUUAUAUACUUCUGAGCUUCAAAAAUAUUCUUUUCUCCUCUCUCUGACACCAUGUAACUUUCAACCGCUAAAUCUUAAUAAAAAAAACCACACAGAUACUAGGAAGAUUCUUUUCUAUCUGUGCUGUCAGAGAAAAUAAU